AUGACAGCGGUGGCCAGGAGGCAUCUGAACCCCCAGGCGCGGGAAACGCACAAAGUUUACAGGCAGAAACUGGAGGAAGUCACCAGCUUGCAGACAGCCUGCAGCACCUCCAUACACCGGCAGAAGAAGACACUAAGAGACCUGAAGCACAGCCUGCAACGGUGCAAGCCCAGAGCGAGUCCUGAAGAAUUUGCUCUCAUUCAGGAGAUCAGUACCCAGAUCAAGGAGAGGCAAAAUGCCUUCUUCGACAUGGAAGCCUACUUGCCGAAGAAGAACGGCUUGUACUUAAACCUGGUGCUGGGAAACGUGAAUGUAACUCUCCUGAGUAACCAAGCAAAGUUUGCCUACAAGGAUGAGUAUGAGAAGUUCAAGCUUUAUCUGACAAUAAUCUUGUUACUUGGAGCCGUCACCUGCAGGUUUAUUCUCCACUACAGGGUGACAGAUGAAGUGUUUAACUUUCUGUUAGUGUGGUAUUACUGCACGCUGACGAUACGGGAAAGCAUUCUCAUUAGCAAUGGAUCAAGGAUCAAAGGCUGGUGGGUGUCUCAUCACUACGUUUCCACGUUCCUGUCUGGAGUAAUGUUAACGUGGCCAGAUGGACUCAUGUAUCAAAUGUUUCGCAGUCAAUUUUUAGCGUUUUCGAUAUUUCAGAGUUGCGUUCAGUUCUUACAGUAUUAUUAUCAAAGGGGCUGCCUUUACAGACUCCGUGCUUUGGGGGAGAGAAACCACUUGGACCUUACAGUAGAAGGAUUUCAGUCCUGGAUGUGGCGGGGGCUGACAUUUCUCCUUCCCUUCUUGUUCUUUGGGCAUUUCUGGCAGCUGUAUAAUGCGAUCACGCUUUUUGGAUUGUCAAGGCAUAAGGAGUGCAAAGAAUGGCAGGUUUUUGUGUUGGCUUUCACGUUUCUGCUGCUCUUCCUUGGGAACUUCCUCACUACUCUCAAAGUGGUGCACACUAAGCUCCAGAAAAACAAAGACAAAAUGAAGAAGCUGUGACCCUCUCCUCCCCGGCGUGCCGGCUGCCAUCUCUCCGCCUGCAGUAGGUGCUGGGCUUGGGAUGGAUCCUGCUAAACCCCAGCUACACGAUGGGACGGGCUCAGAAGGACUCAUCCGUCCCUGUGUUUGGUGAAGGAUACGAACUCUGCCAGCACAGACUCAGUAUUACACAAGCAUGGCUCUCCAGUCUGCGGUCCUGCUAUUUAUGUAUAUUUAAUACAAAAUGUGUUUGCUUUUUUUUUUCUCUGUAUAUAGAGCAGCAUGCACCUGCCCAGCCAAGCCCCAACAUUGGGAGAAUGUGG